AUGAGACACCUGCUUGUGAAGUUCGGUCCAGUCGCCAAGAUGGACAAAGAGAAGGUGCGCGCCUUCGACGAUCAAUCAGCCGAUAUCAGCUGUACUGUGAAGGGCUUCCCAUCUCCGGCAAUUCGCUUUGAAAUCGACGGCAGAGCUGCAGAAGGAGAGACAAGGGUCAAGGUUGUUGCUAUGAACACGUACAGGGCCACACUACACCUCCGAAAUACGAAGGGUAAAGCGGGCGUGUAUUCGUGUAUAGCUGAGAAGGACGGCAGUCACUCGGUUGACACUGCUGAGCUGGUUAUUUCUCGCGAGUUGCUUCCUGUUAAUCCCAGACUCAUCCUGUCAUGUUGCGAAGACGAACACAUCGAAGGCGAUUGUCUUCAGGCUUGCACGAUAGGAAAGACCCCACCCUCCGUGGGCAACUGUUCACAGUACGCUGCGAGUUUGCUGAAAUGCGCAACUGACUUCGUCGAUCACAGCGAUUGCUGCACUCUGCAGGGAGUCUCCAGCAAAUGCCUUCCGCUAUGUUCCGGUAAGAUUUCGCUAGUGGCGAUUCUUUCUCAACUGACGUUGACUGCACUCCGUACGCGGUUACGAACUCUCCGGAACUGUCUUGUAGCGAGGCACGAGCGCCCAGUACAACCUGUACGAAAUGUCGAGUAUGAAGUUAUCGGAAGAGGCUUGCUGAGGGUGAAAUGGGAUGAUACUGAUGCUGGUGACACCGUUACGUUACUAACGGCAUUUACCUACAAAGACGAGAUGACGAAGGCGAAUCAGGUAUGCCGAGGGAAG